GCGCCGACCCCGGGCCAGGCCUGGCGGUGGGGGGCGGUGUGUGGGUGGUGGUGGUGGUGGUCUAGGGGGCGAUGGCGCUGCAGGCUCGGGCUUUGUAUGAUUUCCAGAGUGAGAAUGUGGGUGAGAUCUCGGUGCGGGAGGACGAGGUGCUGACCGUUUACAGUGAGCACGAUAUUGAUGGCUGGCUGGAGGGGGUCAACAGCCGGGGGGAGAGGGGUCUCUUCCCGGCCUCCUAUGUGCAGAUCGUGCGGGCGGCGGGCGGCGGGGCAGCGCCCGGAGAGCCCCCCGCCUCCCGUUACGCCAAUGUCCCGCCGGGGCCGGGGCCGGGUCCUGGCAGCACCUUCUGCCCUCCGCCUCUCAUCCAGGUACCGCCGGCGGCAGGAGGCGGCGGCGGCGGCGGCCCCGGCCCUGGGCCUGGCUUGGUGCAGCUGGCCGGCCUCCAGCACCAGGCGUCGGGCAGCGGCGACGACGACGACUGGGACGACGACUGGGACGACAACUCGACGGUGGCGGACGAGCCGCUGUCGAGCUCAGGCGGAGCUUCGGGUUUCUCGCCGGAGCUGGACGGCCCGGGCCGGUAUAAAGUGAGUACGGGGGCCCGGGCGGGCGGGGCGGCCUCGUCGGGCUCCUCGAAGAGCACGGCGACCGUCAGCCGCAACCUGAACCGCUUCUCCACCUUCGUCAAGUCGGGCGGCGAGGCGUUCAUCCUGGGGGAGGCGGCGGGCUUCGUCAAGGACGGGGACCGGAUCUGUGUGGUGAGCGGGCCGCACGGCCCCGAGUGGCAGGAGGACCCUUACCCGUUCAGCUGCUCCAUCGACGAGCCCACCAAGCAGACCAAGUUCAAGGGCAUCAAGAGCUACAUCUCGUACCGCCUGGUGCCCAGUCACACCCAGAGCCCGGUCAACCGCCGCUACAAACACUUCGACUGGCUGUACGGCCGCCUGGUGGAGAAGUUCCCGGUCAUCUCGGUGCCGCACAUCCCGGAGAAGCAGGCCACCGGCCGCUUCGAGGAGGACUUCAUCUCCAAGCGCAAGAAGGGCCUGAUCCUGUGGAUGAACCACAUGACGAGCCACCCGGUGCUGGCCCGCUGCGACGUCUUCCAGCACUUCCUCACCUGCAGCGACGAGAAGGCCUGGAAGCAGGGCAAGCGCAAGGCCGAGAAGGACGACAUGGUCGGCGGCAACUUCUUCCUGACCCUCAGCACCCCGGCCAGCCCGCUCGACCUGCAGGAGGUCGAGAGCCGCGUCGACGGCUUCAAGAGCUUCACCAAGAGGAUGGACGAGAGCGUCUUCCAGCUGAGCCACACCGCCAACGAGUUCGCCAGGAAGCAGGCGGUGGGCUUCAAGAAGGAAUACCAGAAAGUGGGCACCUCUUUCCGACUGCUGAGCCAGGCCUUCGAGAUGGACCAGCAGACCUUCUCGGCGGGACUCAACCGCGCCAUCGCCUUCACCGGGGACGCCUACGAUGCUAUCGGAGAACUUUUCGCAGAACAGCCCAAACAAGACAUAGACCCGAUCGUGGACUUACUAGCACUUUAUCAGGGGCACUUGACCAAUUUCCCCGAUAUCAUCCACGUCCAGAAAGGUGCUCUAACCAAAGUAAAGGAGAGUAAACGGCAUGUGGAAGAAGGGAAGAUGGAAUUGCAGCAGGCAGAUGGAGUCCGCGAGCGCUGUGACACUAUUUCUUUUGCUACACUGGCUGAGAUUCACCAUUUUCACACUAUUCGUGUGUCGGACUUCAAGACACAAAUGCAGCAUUUUCUUCAGCAGCAGAUCCAUUUUUACCAGAAGGAACAGGAUAUGAUGCUCAAAUCGCCAGUUCCGAUGUGCCACAGAGAAAAAUCGCAACAAUCUCCUCUGAAGACAAACAUAGGACAUGAUGGAUAGAGUACCCUUCAUCAUCCAGUACCCAAACUACACCAUGUUUUUCACAGACUUCAACAUGUCAUCGAUGACAAUGAACAUCUCGCCAAGAUCGUCCCUACACCCCGACUUCUCACCAGGAAACAACUGCCACACCUUAAACAGACCAUCAUUCGCAGCAAACUACCCGGCCUUCCGGACACCGUCGACCACAACACCGCACUACCCUGCCAUGGUAACCUCUGUAAGAUAUGUCAGAUCAUUGCCAUGGACACUACCGUCACACGUGGAAGGAAUACAUACACAGCAAAUAUUCAUGCGACAACAACAAAAACAAAGUUGCUGGAAAAGUUCAGCAGGUCUGGCAGCAUCUGUGGAGGAGAAAACAGAGUUAACGUUUCGGGUCCUCAGAGCAGUUCUGAGAAAGGGUCACUGGACCUGAAACAUUAACAUUUUGUAAUUGUCUCUCUGCUUCAAUUAGUUGGAUUAUAGGUCAUUCCUUUCACUUACCAUUCUGCUGUUGGCACUUUACUCAUACCGUCUAACACUUUUGAUCACCUGCAGAAAUUAUUAUUGGACACUCUACUCAUAGCAUUUAUAUGAUCUUUCGAUCUC